AUGCAGAAAGCUACAACUGGCGCUUUGCCGCCAGACUCGGAUGCAAAUGCUUUGUCGGCACCAGGUCACCGAGGCUCGUCUUUGACGAGUCAGGCGCCCCAACAGCCGCUUCGCGAGAUAGAUAAUGUGAAUGAGACUACGCCAGCGAGUUCUUCUCUUGUCAAGACUGAGCCCGGACAGUUCCAACACUCUCCUGGUGAGCAAGCAGAGAAGCCUCGACUUACAAUUCGACAAAUACGGGAAGCAGCCCAACUCAAGAUCCAAGCUCAGGCCCAGGCAAAACAAGAAUCCCAGAAUAACGUGGCAACUCCACCAUCGCAAAAGAAGAAGCCCUCGAUUUUGGGUGGGCUUUUCCAGGUCCGCGAACCAACACAGGUGGCACUGAACCAGGUAGCUGCACAAAUAGUUGCUCAGCAUGGCUCAACUAGCCCCACUAAAGUACCCAAUGUACGACUGGAAAAGAUGCCCGAGUUCGUACCUAAGGUCAAUUCAAAAUGGGACGGCAUUCCUGAAGGUGUCAAACAGCGGCAGAAGAAGGAGAAGGAAAUGGAAAAAGGAAAAGCUAAAACAUCUCGACGAGACGCCUCCAGCAGCACAGACCCACGGACUACCAGCCGCGAGGGGAAGGACGGUGAACGAGGAAGUCUAGCCAGCAGACAAUCAUCUUCGACGACAGAUUCCAUGCGAAGCCGUGGCCGUUCGAGUGGUUCUCAUACUGCUUCCACCCGCAAUCGAUUCUACGUCCUGUCAGCUAAUUCCUCCGGCGAUCUGGCGUCACAACAGCGCAAAGACCGGUCUCUUGCGGGGAAAGACCCUUUGCGGUCGGUGUCCGCCGGCAAUCCACCCAAGUUUUCCUUACCAGAGGUCUUACCGGAGAUCCCAAAUCUUCCACUAGACGCUAGUGUCACCCUCUCUGGACCGAGCGGGCCAUCAGCGAGAUUUGCUGGUGACAAGAACGGCGAAUCGACUAUGGAUGAUGAAACAACGUUCAAUGAGUUGCCGUGGGUUCAACCAGAGAUGAUCCCCUCCACCGCGGAGGAACAAAGGAACGCGGACUCAACUAUUUCCAGUUCUCGAGAGCGCUCCCCAAUCACCCAAGGGAUUGAUGCUGUCGUCGGUCUGUCCGGAAACUCCGGUCCAUCGAAUGAAACCCCCAUCCUGUUGUCGUCUGGCCCAGGUGUCCUAGGACCACCGGCUGCGAGAAAGCCAGAUUCAUCCAGAUUGACGGCUGCUUCCUGCUUGGUCGGCGAGGGAAGAGGCGCGUAUCAUCCCAGCCACGACGCUAGUCCCGUUGAGACAGAAUCAUCGGGCACGAAUCAGCGACAUGGCAGACCGGAUCCAAGCAUUUUGAGUCCUAUAGCCCCUUCCAAACGACGAGAGGUCGAAAGGCGACCAGGCAGUUCUCGGACCCGGCUUGGGCCUCGAGCAAACAAGGUCGUCAAGGAAGAGGUCACGCCCUGGGAAGUUCAGGAUUUGGAGCCACCUCCCGUUCAGAGCCAACCCAAGCCUGCUGUUGCAGCCAGUCAACGCACGGCUCCAGCUUCACGCUCCAAAUUACCAAAGCCUUUGUCUUUCUUCACCAAAGACAAGGGUAAAAACAAAUCAUGA